CUUAUCAACAACACUUUCUCCAUACUUAUCUUCACUCCAUCACUACGCAUAAUUACAGUUGCCAAUAAAUCUCCCCAUUUUCAGCAGCGGUUCGCCGCAUCUGUGUCAAACACACAUCCAAAGGAGUAAAACAGAGUAUAAAGAUAUAAGCAUGAAUAUUUCACUCUCGGCCGCGUGCAAGCAAACGCAGCCGCCGAUGGUGAACUUCCCCGGCGGUCUGAUCAACCUCAUUCCCCGCCCCCGGCGGAAGGAGAAGGUGGUGGUUGUAAUGGGCGCCACCGGGACCGGAAAAUCCCGGCUGUCGAUCGAGCUGGCGAUCCGAUUCGACGCUGAAGUCAUCAACUCCGACAAAAUUCAAGUUUUCAAGGGACUCGACAUAGUAACGAACAAAGUCACAGAGGAGGAAUGCGGCCUCGUGCCGCAUCACCUCCUCGGAUUCGUGGAACCCACCGCGGACUACUGGGCACACGACUUCGUCCACCACGCCACCGCCGCCGCCGACGACAUCACCGAGAGGGGGCGGACGCCCAUCAUCGCCGGCGGCUCCAACUCCUUCAUCAAAGCGCUCAUCAACGACGACCUUCACUUCCGGUCAAGGUACGACUGCUGCCUUCUGUGGGUCGACGUGGCGAAGCCUCUCCUCAACUCGUUCGUGUCUGCCCGAGUCGACCAGAUGGUCGACUCGGGUCUGGUGGAGGAGGCGCGCGAGUUCUUCGACCCCGCUGGAGAGUACAGCCGCGGGAUCCGCCGAGCCAUCGGCGUGCCGGAGCUCGACGAGUACUUCAGGAGCGAGGGUCGCGCCUCCGCCGCCGCCAAGGCGAAGCUCCUCAGCAGAGGAAUUGAUCAGAUCAAAUUCAACACCCAAAUCCUGGCCUCCCGCCAGCGGCAGAACAUUCGGCGGCUGCUGAACAUUCUGCGGCAGGCGGAGCACCUUCAGUGCCGGAUGCACAAGCUCGACGCGACCGAGGUCUUUCGCAAACGCGGCGAGGAGGCGGAGGAGGCGUGGCAGAGGCUGGUGGCGGAGCCCAGCACCAGCCUCGUCGGCCAGUUUUUAUACGAGGACCAGAUGGUCUUCGCUGGGCCGCUGAUGCUGGGCCCCGCAAUCACUGCCCCCGUUGUAGUAUGAACUACAAAGGCGGCGGAGGUACUAGUAAAAAUACAAAUAACGGUUGUGAGAUUCGAUUGAUCACAGCAGUAGCGUAGGUGAAUCUUUUUUUGAGAUCCACGUGGCGGUGUUGUGGGCCCGCCACGUGGACGAAGGGUGGAAUCUAGGCUUACCUUUUCUUCUGUUCCUUAAAUUUCGUAACCUUUCAUUUUGCAAAGGUUGUUGUCUCUAUCUGUCAGUUUGAGAACCUGAACCUUGGUCGGCCGUACGGUUGGAAAUCUUGGUGGAGAAUUUGCUGCUGAAAAGGAAAAAAAAGGAUGAAGAGCUAUUCACUUUUUGUUUGUGAAAAUAUGAAAUAAAAAAUAAAUGCAGUGAGUGCACUGCAGAAUGGAGCAAAACAGUAUACGGAGAAAAGAGGGAGGAGUGACUUAGUAUUUAUUUUUUGGUUUAUUUCCUCCUAUUUUUUUUCAAAGUUUUUUUUUAAUAAUUUGGGGUUUUGGGUAUCUUUAAUUAUGAUUGGUGUCUAUUUGUGUAAUCUAGCUGCUUUGUAUAA